UGAACCAUCUGGAUCCAAGCGCCCCAUUUCGUCUCGACUCGUGUGACUCGUGAGGCGAUUGCAGCGGAGAAAACUGGGAGGGGCCGCCGCCGCCGCCGCCGCCGGGAAGGUAGCAGCAAGCCCCAUUCCACCGCCGUCUCCGAUCAGGAAUGGCUUCGGCGGUAAAGAGGCGGAGGGAGGAGCACUCCCGGAGGUCGCGCUCCCCUGCCAGGGACAGGGAUCGGGGGUCCCGGGGCACGCCGCCGCGCAGGAGCCCCCCUGCGCGGAGGCAGGGUUCGCCUGCUAGGGCACGGUCUCCUGCGAAGGCCAGCCUGUCGCACAGGGACAGAGAGAGGUCGCCUCCGAGGGAGAAGGCGAAAGAGCGUGUCAGGUCGCCGCGAUCUCCUGCUAAGGCCAGCCUGCCGCACAGGGAGAGGUCUUCUCCGGGGGAGAAGGCGAAGGAGUGGGUCAGGUCGCCGAAACAUGCGCGGGAGCCGUUGCGGUCGCCUGCCAGGAGACAGGGCUCUAGGUCGCCCUCACCACACACCAAGCGGCUGAGGAGAGCCCAGGGUGAGAGGGAGGUGGCUCACAUGACAGAGGGUGACCGCCAGAAGGCCUCUCACAGGGAGGAGCGGGACACAGGGAGACACAGGGAGCAUGAUGAGGGGAGGGAUGCUUCAAGAGAUCGGAAGGUGGAGCGGGAGGUGACUCAGGUGACCAAGGGUGACCUCCGCAAGGCUGCUCACAGGGAGGAGAGGGACUCAGGGAGGCACAAGGAGCAUGAUGAGGAGAGGGAUGCUUCGAGAAACAGGAAAGUGGAGAGGGAGGUGGCGCAGGUAAUCGAGGGUGACUGCGGCAAGGCCUCUCACAAGGAAGAGAGGGACUCAGAGAAGCACAGGGAGCAUGAUGAGGGGAGGGAUGCUUCGAGAGACAGGAAGGCUGACAGGGGUGUGGCGCAGGUAACUGAGGGUGACCGCCGCAAGGCCUCUCAUAGGGAAGAGCGGGACUCAGGGAGGCACAGAGAGCAUGAUGAGGGGAGGGAUGCAUCCAGAGAUAGGAACGUGGAGCGGGAGGAUGGCAGAGGUGCUACCAAAGAUAAGACAUCUGAUCGUGAUGAUGGAAGAGAUCAUUCGAGGGAUAGAAGGGCUGGCAGGGAUGAUAGGUCUGGUGCUUCAAAGGAGAAGUUGUCGAGUCAGGAUGAUGAUAGGCAUGAUUCAAGAGGUGGAAGGUCUGAUCGGGAGGACUGGAAAACUGCUUCUUCAAGGGAGCAAAGGGUGGACCGUAGUGACAAAAGGGAUUCUACAAGAGAAAGAAUGACAGAUCGGGAGGAGAGCAAUGGUGGAUCAGGAAGAUCUAGGCGUGGUCCAUCACUUUCUCCACACAGGCAUAGGAGCAGACAUGGAUCCCAUCCAUCACCAAGGGCAUCCAGAAGUGCAGCACGUGUUGAGGAUAUGAACUCUAGAGGGGAUGAAGCAUACCGGAGUGGAGAUCCUGAUUCUUUGGCAAUAAUGAAUGCUGCUACAGAAGCUCUUGAAGAAAAAGAAAAGCAAAAGCCAUCUUUUGAAUUGUCUGGAAAGCUUGCUGAGGAGACCAACAGAGUUGCAGGUGUGAAUCUGUUAUAUUCAGAACCUGCAGAGGCUCGCAAGUCAGAUAUUAGAUGGCGACUCUAUGUCUUUAAGGGUGGUGAACCGCUGAAUGAACCAUUGUAUGUUCAUCGGAUGAGCUGUUACCUUUUUGGAAGAGAAAGGAAAGUUGCAGACAUUCCCACUGAUCAUCCCUCUUGCAGCAAGCAACACGCAGUUCUUCAAUAUAGACUAGUGGAGAAGGAGCAACCAGAUGGCAUGAUGUCAAAGAAAGUGAGGCCAUAUAUGAUGGAUCUUGAUAGUACAAAUGGUACCUUCAUUAAUGAUAAUCGUAUUGAACCUCGCCGUUAUUAUGAACUGUUUGAAAAAGACACCAUUAAGUUUGGCAAUAGUAGCCGAGAGUAUGUUUUGCUCCAUGAAAACUCAGCAGAAUGAGGAUUGACACCCACUGAAAAUUUUGGGUACAACGAGAUUCGUGCCAUGGUGAUUGAAUUGGUUCCCAAACCUUGAAACAACCAACAUAUCAACAUAGAUACUACACUGGAAAUUAGUCAGUUGUGCGUUACUUGUCUUGAGAUUUCGUCAUAGGCGAAUUUGGGUACUUCCAACAAGCAAGAUUGGCGUCCCAACCUCACCAUGAUCUUAUAUUGAAGCAUUUGACUUGAUUGUUCGGUAUUGGUGGCAUCGGAGCAGCUGUUUAUGGCAUGAUGUUAUUUAUGUGCCUCCAGAGGCAUAGAUCUAUUAGCCUUUCCCUGUUAUGCAUGCUGCUUUACUCAUACAGCAAAUCCCUGUUUUGCCAGGUGGUUUCCCAGAUCAGUAAUUCUUAAAAAGAUUA